AUGGAUUGGACGGAGCCGAUUCCAGCAUUGUUCCUCUUUAUCCUUAUGGUUUCCUUUGUUUUGAAACUGGGCACUUUCUGGAACAAGAGCUCCCAAAAUCUUCCACCAGGACCGAGGCCUUUACCUCUCAUUGGGAAUCUCCACAUCAUGGAUCUGAAGACGCCUUACAGAACCAUGUUAAAGGUAAAGCUUCUGGUUCUUCCCAUGCCAAAGCUAAAGGGUACUGGGGAAGCCCAGUCAGCAGAGUGGGAUAAUAAUAAUAAUAAUAAUAAUAAUAAUAAUAAUAAUAAUAAUAAUUUUUGUUCUUUUAAACCCUAUAAAUCUCAUCUUCCCUUUGUGCGCUACAGAACCUCCUCUUAGCUUUUCCAAUAAAUAGUCAUAGGACCAAGUUGCAAUUUAUAACCGGUAAUUUGAACAAGAUGUCUGGUGUCAAAUCAUGUUUGACUCUGUCUCCAUUUUCAAGGAUGCAAAAGUGCCGGUGCAAACCUUGCCUAGGCCAACGUCCUCCUUCAGCCUAUGUUUCUAGAUUUGAGAGGUGCCAUUAAAGGUAUAAUCACAUUCAUCCUUAUAACUGACUAUUCUGUUCUGGUUUUCUUUUUUUCUUUUUUUAAAUGAUAUUUAUUAAGGUUUCAAAAGAAGGAUACAUAAAUAAGAAAGAGAAAAAUAGAAAAAAGAAAAAUACAAAAUACAAAAAAAAACAAUUAAAAACAAUUCCAUCUUUUCAUCACUUCUCUUACAUUUACUUGUUUUCCAGACCUCCUCAUACCUCCCUUUUUUGUAUUCCAGUUCAAUUUAUUAGUCCAGCAAUUCCUUUCCCUCCUUUUUAAUCCUGAUCUUUAAUCUUAAUAUAUUAUAGCAUUAGGUUUUUACGUAUUGAAAAUCCAAUUUUUCCAUAUUCUUUUAUACCAUUACAGCUAGAAACCACUUGACUUCAAUCCAACAUCAUUCUAUCAUUCAUUAAUUUUACAAUAUUUCUGUAAAUAGUCUUUAAAUUUCUUCCAAUCUUCUUCCACCGACUCUUCUCCCUGGUCUCGGAUUCUGCCAGUCAUUUCCGCCAAUUCCAUGUAGUCCAUCAUUUUCAUCUGCCAUUCCUCCAGUGUGGGUAGAUCUUGUGUCUUCCAAUGCUUUGCAAUAAGUAUUCUUGCUGCUGUUGUAGCAUACAUAAAGAAAGUUCUGUCCUUCUUUGGCACCAAUUGGCCGACAAUGCCCAGAAGAAAGGCCUCUGGUUUCUUCAGAAAGGUAUAUUUAAAUACCUUUUUUAUUUCAUUAUAAAUCAUCUCCCAGAAAACCUUAAUCCUUGGGCACGUCCACCAAAGGUGAAAGAAUGUACCUUCAGUUUCUUUACAUUUCCAACAUUUAUUAUCAGGCAAAUGGUAGAUUUUUGCAAGCUUGACUGGGGUUAUGUACCACCUGUAUAUCAUUUUCAUAAUAUUCUCUCUUAGGGCAUUACAUGCCGUAAACUUCAUACCUGUGGUCCACAACUGUUCCCAGUCAGCCAUCAUUAUGUUAUGUCCAACGUCUUGUGCCCAUUUAAUCAUAGCAGAUUUCACCGUUUCAUCCUGAGUAUUCCAUUUCAACAGCAAGUUAUACAUCUUUGACAAAAUCUUAGUUUUGGGUUCUAACAAUUCUGUUUCUAAUUUUGAUUUUUCCACCUGGAAGCCGAUUUUCUUGUCCAAAUUGUAUGCCUCCAUUAUCUGAUAAUAAUGAAGCCAGUCUCGCACUUUGUUUUUUAAUUUUUCAAAACUCUGCAGUUUCAAUCUAUCUCCAUCUUGUUCCAAAAUUUCCCAAUAUUUUGGCCAUUUGACCUCCAUAUUGAGCCUUUUCAGAGCUUUCGCUUCCAUCGGUGACAGCCACCUUGGGGUUUUAUUUUCCAAUAAUCCUUAUAUCUUAUCCAGACAUUAAACAAUGCUUUCCUGACAAUAUGGUUUUUAAAUGCUUUAUGUGCUUUGACCUUAUCAUACCACAGAUAUGCAUGCCAUCCAAAUACAUUGUUAAAGCCUUCUAGAUCCAAAAUGUCAUAUUCUGUUCUGGUUUUCUGAGCAUUCCUAGGAAAUAUUUGUGCUGCUGCAACUGAAUAACAAUAAUAAGUUAAUAAUAAUUUAUUAUUUAUACCCCGUCCAUCUGUCUGGGUAUCCCCGGCCACUCUGGGCGGCUCCCAACAGAUUAAAAACACGAUAAAGCAUCAAACAUUGAAAACUUCCCUUAAAAGGACUGCCUUCAGGUGUGUCUUCUAAAAGUCAGAUAGUUGUUUAUUUCCUUGACAUCUGAUGGGAGGGUGUUCCACAGGGCAGGUGCCACUACCGAGAACACCCUCUGUAUGUUUCCCUGUAACCUCAUUUCUCACAGUGAGGGAACUGCCAGAAGUCCCUCGGCCCUGGACCUUGGACGAUGGGGGUGGAGACAUUUCUUUAGGUAUACUGGGCUGAGGACGUUUAGCGCUUUACAGGUCAGCACCAACACUUUGAAUUGUGCUCAGAAACGUACUGGGAAGCCAAUCUAGGUCUUUCAGAACUGGUGUUAUAUGGUCUUACAGUCACCAGUCUAGCUGCUACAUUCUGGAUCAGUUGCAGUUUCUGGGUCACCUUCAAAAGUCGCCCCACGUACAGCGUGCUGCAGUAGUCAAAGCGGGAGAUAAUCAGAGCAUGCACCACUCUGGUGAGACAGUCUGCCGGCAGGUAGGGUCUCAGCCUGCGUACCAGAUGGAGCUGGUAGAUAGCUGCCCUGGACACAGAAUUGACUUGUGAGUCCAAAAUGACUCCCAUGCUGCACACCUGGUCCUUGAGGGCCACAGCUGCCCCAUUCAGGACCAGAGACUCCCCCACACCUGCCUGCCCCCUGUCCCCCCAAAACAGUACUUCUGUCUUGUCAGGAUUCAACCUCAACCUCAAUCUGUCAGCUGCCAUCCAACCACCUCCCAACAUUCACACAGGACCUUCAACGCUUUCACUGGUUCUGAUUUAAAAGAGAGGUAGAGCAGGUUAUCAUCCACAUACUGAUGAACACGCAGCCCAAACCCCCUGAAGAGCCCUCACAGAGGCUUCAUAUAGAUGUUAAAAAGCAUGGGGGAGAGGACAGAACUCUUUGGUGAGAGGUGAGAGCCCAGGGGUCUGAACACUUAUCCCCAAACACCACUUUCUGGACACAGUCCAGGAGGAAGGAGCAAAACCACUGCAUAACAGUGCCCACAGCUCCCAGCCCCUCUAGAUGGUCCAGAAGGAUGUUAUGGUCGAUGGUAUCAAAAGCUGCUGAGAGAUCCAGCAGAACUAGGAAACAGCUUUCACCUUUGUCCUUAGCCUGCCGGAGGUAUUAAUCAGCACGACCACGGCAGUUUCAGUCCCAUGAUGAGGCCAGAAUCCCAAUUGGAAGGGAUCCAAAUGGUCCACAUCCUCCAGGCGUGCUUGGAGCUGUUCAGCAACCACCUUGCCCAAGAAUGGAAGAUUUGAGACUGAGUGAUAGUUGGCCAUAUUGGCUGGGUUCAAAUAUUUAUUUUUUAAUAAGCAGUUUUAUAACCAGCAUUUUCAGUGGGUUUGGGAAGGCUACUUAACAGAGGGUAGCAUUCCCCACCCCACAGAGCUUUUAUGAGCCAGGAUGGGCAAGGAUGAAGGAGACAGGUGGUCAGUUUCACUCAUCCAAGCAGCCUCAGAGGUUGUUGUUGUUGUUGUUGUUGUUGUUUAGUCGUUUAGUCGUGUCCGCCUCUUCGUGGCCCCCUGGACCAGAGCACGCCAGGUACCCCUAUCUUCCACUGCCUCCCACAGUUUGGUCAAACUCAUGUUUGUGGCUUCAAGAACACUGUCCAACCAUCUCGUCCUCUGUCGUCCCCUUCUCCUUGUGCCCUCAAUCUUUCCCAACAUCAGGGUCUUUUCCAGGGAGUCUUCUCUUCUCAUGAGGUGGCCAAAGUAUUGGAGCCUCAGCCUCAUGAUCUGUCCUUCCAGUGACCACUCAGGGCUGAUUUCUUUAAGAAUGGAUGCGUUUGAUCUUCUUGCAGUCCAUGGGACUCUCAAGAGUUUCCUCCAGCACCAUAAUUCAAAAGCAUCAAUUCUUCGGCGAUCAGCCUUCUUUAUGGUCCAGCUCUCACUUCCAUACAUCACUACUAGGAAAACCAUGGCUUUAACUAUACGGACCUUUGUUGGCAAGGUGAUGUCUCUGCUUUUUAAGAUGCUGUCUAGGUUUGCCAUCGCCUUUCUCCCAAGGAGCAGGCGUCUUUUAAUUUCGUGACUGCUGUCACCAUGUGCAGUGAUCAUGGAGCCCAAGAAAGUAAAAUCUCUCACUGCCUCCAUUUCUUCCCCUUCUAUUUGCCAGGAGGUGAUGAACCCAGUGGCCAUGAUCUUCGUUUUUUUGAUGUUGAGCUUCAGACCAUAUUUUGUGCUCUCCUCUUUCACCCUCAUUAAAAGGUUCUUUAAUUCCUCUUCACUUUCUGCCAUCAAGGUUGUAUCAUCUGCAUAUCUGAGGUUGUUGAUAUUUCUUCCGGCAAUCUUAAUUCCGGCUUGGGAUUCAUACAGCCCAGCCUUUGCAUGAUGAAUUCUGCAUAUAAGUUAAAUAAGCAGGGAGACAAUAUACAGCCUUGCCGUACUCCUUUCCCAAUUUUGAACCAAUCAGUUGUUCCAUAUCCAGUUCUAACUGUAGCUUCUUGUCCCACAUAGAGAUUUCUCAGGAGACAGAUGAGGUGAUCAGGCACUCCCAUUUCUUUAAGAACUUGCCAUAGUUUGCUGUGGUCGACACAGUCAAAGGCUUUUGCAUAGUCAAUGAAGCAGAAGUAGAUGUCUUUCUGGAACUCUCUAGCUUUCUCCAUAAUCCAACGCAUGUUUGCAAUUUGGUCUCUGGUUCCUCUGCCCCUUCGAAAUCCAGCUUGCUUUCUCGGUCCACAUACUGCUUAAGCCUGCCUUGUAGAAUUUUAAGCAUAACCUUGCUAGCGUUUGAAAUGAGUGCAAUUGUGCAGUAGUUGGAGCAUUCUUUGGCACUGCCCUUCUUUGGGAUUGGGAUGUAGACUGAUCUUCUCCAAUCCUCUGGCCACUGCUGAGUUUUCCAAAUUUGCUGGCAUAUUGAGUGUAGCACCUUAACAGCAUCAUCUUUUAAAAUUUUAAAUAGUUCAGCUGGAAUAUCAUCAUUUCCACUGGCCUUGUUAUUAGCAGUGUUUUCUAAGGCCCAUUUGACUUCACUCUCCAGGAUGUCUGGCUCAAGGUCAGCAACCACACUACCUGGGGUAUACGAGACAUCCAUUUCUUUCUGGUAUAGUUCCUCUGUGUAUUCUUGCCACCUCUUCUUGAUGUCUUCUGCUUCUGUUAGGUCCUUUCCACUUUGGUCUUUUAUUAUGGUAAUCUUUGUACGAAAUGUUCCUUUCAUAUCUCCAAUUUUCUUGAACAGAUCUCUGGUUUUCCCUAUUCUAUUGUUUUCCUCUAUUUCUUUGCAUUGCUCGUUUAAGAAGGCCUUCUUGUCUCUCCUUGCUAUUUUUUGGAAAUCUGCAUUCAAUUUCCUGGAUCUUUCACUAUCUCCCUUGCAUUUUGCUUGCCUUCUCUCCCCCGCUAUUUGUAAGGCCUCGUUGGACAGCCACUUUGCUUUCUUGCAUUUCCUUUUCGUUGGGAUGGUUUUAGUUGCUGCCUCCUGUAUAAUGUUACGAGCCUCCAUCCAUAGUUCUUCAGGCACUCUGUCCACCAAAUCUAAAUCCUUAAACCUGUUCCUCACUUCCACUGUGUAUUCAUAAGGGAUUUGACUUAGAUUGUAUCUUACCGGCCCAGUGGUUUUUCCUACUUUCUUCAGUUUAAGCUUGAAUUUUGCUAUAAGAAGCUGAUGAUCUGAGCCACAGUCAGCUCCAGGUCUUGUUUUUGCUGACUGUAUAGAGCUUCUCCAUCUUUGGCUGCAGAGAAUAUAAUCAAUCUGAUUUCGAUGCUGCUCAUCUGGUGAUGUCCAUGUGUAGAGUCGUCUCUUGUGUUGGAAAAGAGUGUUUGUGAUGACCAGCUUGUUCUCUUGGCAGAACUCUAUUAGCCUUUGCCCUGCUUCGUUUUGAACUCCAAGGCCAAACUUGCCAGUUGUUCCUUUUAUCUCUUGACUCCCUACUUUAGCAUUCCAAUCCCCUAUAAUGAGAAGAACAUCCUUCUUUGGUGUCAUUUCUAUAAGGUGUUGUAAGUCUUCAUAGAAUUGCUCAAUUUCAGUUUCUUCAGCACCAGUAGUUGGUGCAUAAACUUGGAUUACUGUGAUGUUAAAAGGUCUGCCUUGGAUUCGUAUUGAGAUCAUUCUAUCAUUUUUGAGAUUGCAUCCCAGUACAGCUUUCGCCACUCUUUUGUUGACUAUGAGAGCCACUCCAUUUCUUUUACGGGAUUCUUGCCCACAGUAAUAGAUAUGAUGGUCAUCCGAACUGAAUUCGCUCAUUCCCGUCCAUUUUAGUUCACUGAUGCCCAGGAUGUCAAUAUUUAUUCUUGCCAUCUCAUUUUUGACCACAUCCAACUUACCCAGGUUCAUGGUUCUUACAUUCCAGGUUCCUAUGCAAUAUUUUCUUUAAAGCAUUGGACUUUCCUUUCGCUUCCAGGCAUAUCCACAACUGAGAGUCCUUUUGACUUUGGCCCAGCCGCUUCAUCAGCUCUGAAUCUACUUGUACUUGUCCUCCGCUCUUCCUCAGUAGCAUGUUGGACGCCUUCCGACCUGAGGGGCUCAUCUUCCAGCGUCAUAACUUUCAUAUGCCUGUUGUCUUUGUCCAUGGAGUUUUCUUGGCAGGGAUACAGUAGUGGCUUGCCGGUUCCUGCUCCAGGUGGAUCACGUUUGGUCAAAACUCUCCACUAUGACCUGUCCAUCUUGGGUGGCCCUGCACGGCACAGCUCAUAGCUUCUCAGCCUCAGAGGUAACACAUUGGAAUUCCAGAAAUCCAGCACUCUCCCGCCCCGGGCCUGCUCCCACGGUGGAGUCUACUGAACUGGAUGAAAGGGCUGAGCUGCUGUAUCAUGAGUCCAGCAACUGUUGCUGCUACAGCUAUUAGUAGCAAACGUCUUGAAGAGCAUUGAGGCAUAGACAAUGCUCUUUUAAUUUAUCAUUAUGUUAUUUGGAUUCUGUUUUGCAUGGUGAUUUGCAAAGAUACAAAAAGGGAAUUCAUUCCACAAAAUUACUAUUCUUAAAUCAUAUGUUUUCAGCUCGGUCCACGGCACAAUGACAUGGAAGUAAUUUCUACCAACUUCUAUAGUAGUUAGGAUUUUGGAUUUGAUAUCCUGCUUUAUCAUUACGCUAAGGAGUUUCAAAGAGGCUCACAAUCUCCUUUCCCCUCCUUCCCCACAACAAACACUCUGUGAGGUGAGUGAGGCUGAGAGACUUCAGAGAAGUAUGACUAGCCCAAUAGUAGUUAUUGGGGGAAAACUGAUACUAGUCUAAUGGUCAAACUUUGCUACUAGAUUCUGUGGAAUGGCCUUUUCUCUUAGGUAAAUGUGCAAGCUAAUGCAGUCUUGGUUCUGUCAGAGAUGAUUUACAUUAAUAUAUUCUUUGGGUAUACCAGAACUCUCUUUCUCACUUUUUCUUCUGUUGAAUUCCAGUUGUCAAAGCAAUAUGGCCCUGUCUUCAGCAUCCAAAUGGGACCCCAGAAAACUGUGGUGUUGACAGGAUAUGAGACAGUAAAGGAGGCUCUGGUUAAUCAGGCGGACGCGUUUGCAGACAGGCCCAUCGUCCCAAUGUUUCAAGAGUUUGGACAAGGCUUUGGUGAGGCACUUCCCUUUCUACUGGAACUGGUAAUGCUUGCAAACACAAACAGGUCCUGCCAGGUGAACACAAUCAAUUCCCAAGAAAUGGUUUGUAAGAUGAGCUUUGCAAAGCAAGUCAACAACAUCCAUUGUUUCCUGUGAGGGAAACCUUGUGAAUUUUUCAACCAACCUCAGUGCCUUUGACAUUGACAGAGUAUCUGCAGGCAUUAGGCUGAGAAUGUGUCACAAAAAGUGUCACCUGUGGAUUUCUGCAGAUCAAGCUAAAAUGUUAAAAAGAGUAGACCAGGCCAACUUUUUUGCUCUUGACUUUCAGUGGCUCAGUGGGGCUCUGUUGAAGAAACAAAAAUGGAGACCAGUUAAAGCAAACCUUUCCCAUUCCCGCUUUCUUCCCAGCAGUCAUAUUGUAGAGCUGGGGGAGAAUGGGGCAGGAGAAUGUAAUAGUUGUCACAUCUGAAUUGUGAAUAAUUGUCACAUGGAAAAGUAAUGCCACACACCAAGGGGAAACUGACCAUUUUCUGGCCCAGCCUAUACAGAGAGGAAAAAUGAAGGAGGCAUAAUGUCUGCCCAUGGAAUACAAAUAACAAGCUGAGUUCUGCUGUGACGCCUGACAUGUACAAAUCACCCUCUACUCUACCCUACACUUUGUUCAAUGGCCAUGCAAACAUGAAACCUUUCUUCCUGUCUCUUCAGGUUUAACUCUGUCUAAUGGUGAAAACUGGAAAGUAAUGCGGCGGUUUGCUUUAAGCACAUUGCGGGACUAUGGAAUGGGAAAGAAGACCAUAGAGGACAGAAUUCUUGAGGAAUGCAGUGUCCUGAUAAAGAAAUUUGAAUCUUACGAAGGUGGGUUGCUGUUUUCCUCUGGUGCAUAGCUACACUACAGUUGUUUAAAGGUGCUAAGACUAUUGUGUUACAUAUUCCUAACUUCCAGAAGCACAGAUCCCAGGGUUCCUAACUAUUGUUCUGUCCCUGUAAUGUGCAGAUUGUACUGCAAUAACUCCUGUGACUUCCAAGCAGGUCUUAGCCCAGCUAUGGCCACAUCCAGCAGCACUUAGUAUCAGUUUCUUUUAUAAAUGAGGUCUACACAUAGGGAAGCUGCCAGUGGGGACUUAAGACAACAUGAACAGACUUAAAAACAAUGCCCUUUCCAUACUUUGAAUUUCUGUGGGGAUGUUCAGGGAGGCAGGAGGGGAUAUAUUGUUUAAUUAUAUCCUCCCUAACUUGUGUUAGCAAGUUCUGUAUCUUAGCAGAUAUAAACGCAUAGCGGUUUGCUUGUUGCAGGCUUCUCUGAGCUUCUCUAUAUAAGUUUCCUGGUAAGAUCCCUUCUUUUCCCUCUUAAAAAGAAUAGACACGACAAUCUUAUUAAAGUCAAUAUAAAAGUAGUUUACUCACAUUCAUUCAGUUCAUGGAUGGAUGGAUCCCUCAAGGCAGACUUAGGUUACAAAAGUAUAUAUACAUGUGGAACUAUCCCAUAAGGGAGUUUGUCCCAAGUGACUGCAGACAGGCAGUCACUUCUACUAACACGUAGAAAAAUGGAGGAGGAGAAGGAGGAGGAGAAGCAGCAGCAGCAGCAGCAAAGAAGGAGGUGUGCUCCCAUAACCCAGAUUAGGCCACACCCACAUCUAGUCACAUGCAGAGGAAGUUUGUCCCACAGGAAGUUUUCUCCUGGCUGGUAGAAAGCAUCCACUAGCAUGUCCAUUCUAGGAACGUUGUACUCGACUCCUGUGUGUUUUACAUCCCACAUUUUAAAAAGAAUAUUUCUGCUUAACUGUCAUAUUUAUGUAUAGGAAGCCCAUUUGAGACCACCACAAUUAUGAAUGCAGCUGUUGCCAAUAUUAUAGUGGCCAUACUACUAGACAAGCGAUUUGAUUAUGAAGAUUCCACAUACAUAAGGCUUCUGAAGUUGGUCGAUGAAAAUACCCGGCUCGUUGGAAGCUCUUCAGUCCUGGUAAUCUAUUCUUUUCCAAUAAAACAAACAGUUGAUUGUAAUGACAUUGUAUGCAAAGUGGGCAGGGCAACCUGUUUAUUGUAUAUUGUUCAGGAUUCACUACAAAACACAGAAUGAUAUCUUGAGAAACCAGGUGGUGAUUCGAAAUAUUUAGAAAACUCACAUGGCACAGUCAUCCCAUAACUAUAAUAAAGUCUCUUUUGCGCACACCCUUUCUUGUCUCACUGCCAUCGGGACUCCAAGGACAAGGAAGAACAAGUGAUAGUUGGUUCCAUGAUGGCUCAGAAGGGGCCUCCAAGGGCAGAUCUCCCUCUCUGAAGGUGGACCUCCAGAGGAGACCCUUCAUAGCCUAUUAUUCCGGGGUUGCACAUAAAUUACACUUUCCUGAGGUAGCCCUAACCCCAUUCCAAAUGGCAUUCAAGAGUUUUGUUGGUAUUUGGGCAACCAUGCUUUGAGAGACGCAGUUGAGAGAACUAUACUGAGCUUUCCUAAUGUCUCUUUCUUUUUUCACAUUUUUAUCCUUUCAGCUGUAUAACAUGUUUCCUGCUCUUGGUUUUCUUCUGGGGGCUCGUAAGACUAUAAUUCAAAACAGAGAUGAGUUUUUUGCCUUCAUAAAUGCCACCUUCAUAAAACACCUCAGAGAUCUGGAUGAAAAUGACCAGAGGAGCUUUAUUGACUCAUUUCUUAUCCGACAGCAAGAGGUAAUGGAGUCUUUUAAGUUGGCCCAGAAUAAGCGUUGACAUUUUCAAUUCAUUUUUUAAGGGCAUAUUUGCAAGUGAAUGCAUAAGGAGUAGUCUUAUUGCAGAAGGGACCAACCUGGCAUACUUCCUAUCAUUUCCCAAUAGUCAGCCAUUGUUAAUGUCUUACAGAAGUUGCCUCUGCAGGGGCAAAGGUUGCGUGCUCAACAGCAUUUCUGGGGUAAAUCCCUGAUCAAGAAAACAUGACAGUUGGGGUGUAUGAGUUUUCAGGGGUGGAAUUAUGGCAGAUAGACCAUGGCUUAUGAGAGGUAAUGGUUGCCUGACUCCCUUUUGAUACAAGGGGGAUGGGAAAAUGCCUCAUGUGCUCAGAAGAAGGCGUUCUUCACACUGGAGGAGAUAGGAAACUUUGUGGGUGGAGAGGCAUCUCGGAGCAAGGAAAAAACAUUGGCCCAUGCACUGCGCUUGUUGUUGUUGGUGGUGGUGGUGGUGGUGUUUAGUCGUUUAGUCGUGUCCGACUCUCUGUGACCCCAUGGACCAGAGCACGCCAGGCACUCCUGUCUUCCACUGCCUCCCGCAGUUUGGUCAAACUCAUGUUCGUAGCUUCGAGAACACUGUCCAACCAUCUCGUCCUCUGUCGUCCCCUUCUCCUUGCGCCCUCCAUCUUUCCCAACAUCAGGGUCUUUUCCAGGGAGUCUUCUCAUGAUGUGGCCAAAGUAUUGGAACCUCAGCUUCACGAACUGUCCUUCUAGUGAGCACUCAGGGCUGAUUUCCUUAAGAAUGGAUAGGUUUGAUCUUCUUGAAGUCCAUGGGACUCUCAAGAGUCUCCUCCAUCACCAUAAAUCAAAAGCAUCAAUUCUACGGCCAUCAGCCUUCUUUAUGGUCCAGCUCUCACUUCCAUACAUCACUAAUGGUGAUAGCUUUAACUAUACAGUGGUACCUUGGGUUACAGACACUUCAGGUUUCAGACGCUCAGGUUACAGACUCUGCUAACCCAGUAAUAGUACCUCGGGUUAAGAACUAUUGGUGUUACUCUUCCUGUUGGAAAGUGUGGCAGAAGUGAGUUGCAAUCUCCAAAAUAUGGAGGGCACCACAUUGUCUAUCUCAGUUUAAUGAAACAUUUCCAGAUGCAUAUGUGGUAUUUCAGUGUUAUUUUUCCUUUUUAGACUAUGAGUAAAUACAUUAAAGAUGUUCAACUGAGAACCAUAUAUGUCAGCAGAAAACAACACUUUAUGUUAACCUUGAUUUCAGAUCUCCACAAGUGUUUGCCAGAAAUGCUGCCUUCCAUGUAUGCAGUCAUAUAAUACUCUUGCAGGUUAAGCACUGGCUGAGCAGUUAAGCACCACGAUUAGCAUCAGAGAAGAAGGAGCUGGAUUGCCAAGCCUCCCCAACCUCCUCACUUAGCUGGUAGAUGGAGAGCAACAGCUGUGUCUAUUGAGAAACUAGAUGUUUUGGAGUGUUGAUGCUGAGCCCCUCCAUCUUAGGCUCGGGUUGUAUACAUGUGUAAAUAAACCCCAUAUUAUCAUGAUGGCAUAGUCUGGAAGACCUGGAAUCUCUCACUACUUAGUGACUGGAGUGAUGUGCAAUGAUACUUUGGAUCAUUGGGUCCUGUGAGGUUUUCAUCUUUAUCUUUGCACUUGAAAUUUUCUCACUCCAUUCGUUUUAACCAGUUCAUACUCUUUGCAACCCAGGAGGAGGAGAAGAACAAGACGAAUGCAUAUUUCCACAACGAAAACUUAAAAACUGUUGUGGCCGACUUAUUUGGUGCUGGCACGGAGACAACUUCUACCACACUGCGCUGGGGACUGUUACUAAUGAUGAAAUAUCCUGAAAUUCAGAGUGAGUGCUUUUCAUUGGCUUGGCACCCAUUAAUCUGAGAUAUCUUAAUUCCAGUUAUAUGUAACUAUUAGAAAGUCUGUGUGUGUGUGUGUGUGUGUGUGUGUGUGUCACAACAAUUAUUCAAUCCUAAAUUUAACAUUUCAAUCUGGACUCCCUUCUCCCUUUCUGUGGUUUUUACAUUUCAUUUCAUCUUCCUGCAAUACUCCAAAUUAUCUCAAAAUAUUCAUUUAGAUAUAUAUUUCCGUAUAUAUCCCAUAUGUAUAUUGAAACAGAAGGUUUUUACAUUAAUCCUCCCAAUGUCUUAGUAUGUUUACAGUUUGUUUGUAAAUACUCUAUAAACCAUUUCCAUUCAUUUUAUUCCUUUUUAGGUAGUUCCGAUUCCAAAAUUCCCGAAAGUAAAGCUAAUGGUUUUUUAAACAUCUUAAACAUCUUUUUCAGUUCAUUAUAUAUCAUUUCCCAGUAAGCUUUAACUUUAUUAGUAGAGCACCACAUAUGAAAAAGUCUACCUUCUUUGUCUUUACAUUUCCAGCACAUAUUCAGUUUGGGUUUAUACAUUUUAGCCAAUCUAUUAGGUGUUAGGUCCCAUCUAUAUGGGACGCAGGUGGUGCUGUGGGUUAAACCACAGAGCCUAGGGCUUGCCGAUCAGAAAGUCGGCGGUUUGAAUCCCCACAAUGGGGUAAACUCCCGUUGUUCGGUCCCUGCUCCUGCCAACCUAGCAGUUUGAAAGCACGUCAAAUUGCAAGUAGAUAAAUCGGUACCGCUCCGGUGGGAAGGUAAACGGCGUUUCCGUGCACUGCUCUGGUUUGCCAGAAGCGGCUUAGUCAUGCUGGCCACAUGACCCGGAAGCUGUACACCAGCUCCCUUGGCCAAUAAAGCGAGAUAAGCACCACAACCCCAGAGUCGUCCCCGACUGGAACUAAUGGUCAGGGGUCCCUUUACCUUUACCUUUACCAUCUAUAUAACAUUUUCAUAUAGUUUUGAUCUUAAACUAUAAAAUGCUCCAAAUUUUAUAUCCACCUUUGAUAAACUUUCCCAUACAUCCGUUUUUAUAUUAUUAACAAUAUCUAUUGCCCAGUGUAUCCUUGAAGAUUUCACUUGUUCAUCCUUUGUCUCCCAUUCCAAUAACAUCUUAUACAUUUUAGAUAUCACUUUAACAUUACAGUUUAAUAGGUCUCUUUCCAGUUGUGAUGCUUGUUUCCCAACCCCCCGCUUCAUAUCCUUUUUAAAUACUUCAUUCAAAUGAUGACAUUGUAACCAUGUUGUUAACUUCUCUGAUAAAACCUUCAAUUAUUUUACUUUAAAAUUCUCCAAAGGUGAAAGUCAUAGUGGUGUUUUGGUCUCCAACAGGUUUCUGUUUUUAGUGUUUCUGUUUUAAAUAUUUAAAACACUUUCCCACUCUAUUUCUUGGUUUAUUAUCAUUGAAUAUUGCAUUUGCAACAUCUUGACAUCCUGUUUCACUAUCUCUUUUCAAGGGAAAUUUAUUGUUUCCCUUUCCCUUUUAUUUCUGGUAAAAUUUCUUGGUUUUUUCUGCUCUCUUAUAUUUGUUUGGUAUGCGCUUUGCUAUGUAAAAAAAAACCACCCCUAUAUUACCACUUUACUCACACCCCAUACCACCUUUAAAUCUAUCUCUUGGUUUAAAUUAAUUUCAAAAUAAUCCUUUAAAUUUUUUUGCCCCCUUUUCUAAUAUUUCUUGAUUUAAUAAAUUUUAUAAUUUACUAAUUUUUCCUUUAGUCUCCAUCUCAUCGGGAAACUUGUCCCUGUUCUUAAUUCCACUAUUUUAGAGUUGUGGUCUUAUAAUGUUCUUGAUAGAAUUUCCACCCUCUUUACCGUAGUAUAAAAAUCUUUAGAAGUCCAUACAGGGGUUUUUCCAGCUUGCAGAAUGAUUCGCAGUCGAAUAAAAUGUACUGUGGGUGUUUUUCUCUCCAAAUGUCAAUUAAACUUAAAUUGUCAGUCAUCCUAAAAAAGGCAUUCAGUAGCUUGCCUUCUUUUGUUUCAUUUUUUCUUAUACUUAUACUCCUGUACCAAUCUAGGGAGGCUACACCAUUCAUAUCACCCAUCAAAAUCACCUUUUCAUUCAAAUGUUCAAAUAAUAUUUCUUCUAGCCCCUAAUGAAAAUCUGGUGUAUUUUCCCAUUAUCAAUAUUCUUCCUUGUUCAUCUUUGAAUAAUUGUUUUGGGUCCAAAUCUGGUUUUAUACACAUUACAACUCCUCUCUUUUUUGUUAUAUCAGAAGGUACAAAGUGUUGGGAUACUGCCAGGGAGACAAAAGCCAUCAUGGUCCCCAAGCUGCUGCCUCCGGACGUCCAUCGAUCUCCCGUAGCUACAGUAUCAGUCAAUUAGCGACACGAAGCCUCGGAAAUAGCUUUCCACAUUCCAGAGCUCGUGCACGCUCUAUCAGCAGAGUUCGCACAACGAAAGAUGCACGCAGGAGAGCAUAUUUACAACUUUAUUUAGCGUUGUUCAGAACAAAGAAAAAAACAUGACUGCCUGCUUCGAUGUCUCAGGCACAGAGAGAGAAACGAAAGCAAUAGACAAACAGAAACUUCCUGUGAGCAGGAAAUACGUAGGCUGUGACUCACAACAGCCUGUCCCCUUUUUAAGGUGGAACGGAAAUAUCCAAAGUUCUUUCCCAACCUUUUAUUUAAGUUUUAUUUAUCCAAGUUUAACUUCUUUACAACAUGUUCAAUUUUUUCCCCUUUAGUCUUCUUAUUUAGCCUAUUUACAUUCCAAGUUAGAAUUUUCAAAGCCAUCUUGUUCCAUAUUUAUUUCUCUUUCACCUCCACCUCUGUUGAAUCUUCCUCUUCCUGUCCAGCUUUCUGUCCAAAUGCUCUUUCUCCAAAUAACUUUUCCCCAUAUUUUCUCCAAAAUUUGUCUUGCCUUUAUAUGUAAAAGAUACCACCUCAAGAUAUUCCCAGCAGUGAUAUUUCAAUAAUCAUCCUGGAUGAAUUUCUCUCCAUCAGUAUAUCAGGUUAUUGGCUAAAAUGUUUGUUUGUCCUGUUUUCAAAUACCUUGGCCUAGAGAUUAAAUUUGCAAGCCUAGGGAAUUGGAGAACCAAUUUAUGGCAGUUUUAUGCUUCAAGUACUAAUAUCUUAAGACAUCAAGGUCAAGGAGAUAAUCUCAGUAGAAAAAUUAAUGCUUUUCUUUUAAUUUCCUCCAGUAAAGGUCCAAGAAGAAAUUGCAAAGGUUGUUGGAUCUUCUCAGCCAAGGAUUGAACACCGAACAAAAAUGCCUUAUACAGAUGCCGUGGUCCAUGAGAUCCAGAGAUUUGCUGAUAUUGUCCCAACCAACCUGCCACAUGCCACGACUACAGAUGUUACCCUUAAUGGCUACUUCAUUCCAAAGGUGAUCCUUUUCAUUGAACUGCUGCCUACUAGUUACAAUAUAUUUUAAGGCUUUCCUGGGAGUAAGCCCCGUUGACUUCAGUGUGGGUGACAUCUGAGCAGACUUGUAUAGGAUUGCACUGCAAGCAUGCAAUCUACCCUUCGGAAGCUGUCGGGCAUCAGCUUCAACCCAUUAAACAGAUAUCAAUGGGAAGGAGAACAAGGUUGGAAAACAAACCAUUUCUGGUGGGAGAUCAUGACUUAUAUGUUAAAGCUUUUCAAACUAAAGACAUUUCUCAUAUGAAUUCAAAUCUCAUUUCUACAGCACUCAAUAUUUAUUGGACUAGAGGCAUAUGCUUUAUUUUAAAAUAACUCUCGCUUUGCUUUUGCAGGGGACUCAUAUCAUACCGUUGCUGUCUUCUGUGCUGCAUGAUGAAUCUCAAUGGGAGAAACCACAUAAAUUCUAUCCUGAGCAUUUUCUUAAUUCUGAUGGAAAAUUCAUAAAGAGAGAUGCUUUCAUGCCUUUCUCUGCAGGUAACUUUUUUUUUGUUUGUUUGUUUUUUUUGCUUUUGUGUGUAUCUGCAUAGUGUGUGCUUAGUCAAUGGGAUUUUGACAUACCUGGAAUGUAGAAUACUGUGCAAAGGUAAGGAUCACAUCAGUUGCUGUGGCCAUUUCUGCCAGCAGAUCUGGCCACCAUUUGGGUGUGGCCCCUGCAAUGUUGCUCACCAGGGAAUGUGGCCCUCAGGGUGAAAAAGAUUCCCCUUCCCCCCAUUUUUCAGCAUUGCAGGAUGGCUCGUAUUUGGAGUUCAUAAUUCUUUUAAGAUGGAUACCAUUAGCUGUUAUUUUAUUGCUGCAAUUUAAUCUGCUUUAAACUACAGUGGUACCUCAGUUUAUGAACUUAAUCCGUUUCAGAAGUCCAUUCUUAAACCGAAACCGUUCUUAAACCGAGGUGCGCUUUCACUAAUGAGGCCUCCUGCCACUGGUGCCUUUCCACCGCUCAGAUUCCGUUCUUAGACUGAGGUAACAUUUGCAAACCGGGACACUACUUCCAAAUCGUUCGUAAACAGGGUUGUUCUUAAACCGAGGUACCACUGUAUUUGGGAUGUUUUUAAGCAACUGAUAAACCUGGUUUCUCUGCCCCCUGUGAUUCGUUACAGGUCGGAGAGCAUGUGUAGGUGAGACUCUUGCCAAAAUGGAGCUCUUCCUCUUCUUCACAAGUCUCCUGCAGAGAUUCACCUUCCAGCCACCCCCUGGAACAUCUCAAGAAGACCUGGACCUUACUCCUGCUGUUGGGCUUACAACACCUCCCAUGCCCUACCAACUCUGCGCUCUGCCAUGUUUCUAA